AUGUCUUUCCAGGACCCAAAGAAGACCUCGCAGCUCGAUGCGCCAAAGAUCCACAAGAUCCGCAUCACCCUCACUUCCCGCAAGGUCGCCUCGCUCGAGAAGGUCUGCGAGGAGCUGAUCCAGCGUGCCAAGAGCAAGGAACUGCGCGUCAAGGGCCCAGUCCGUCUCCCAACCAAGAACCUCAAGAUCAGCACCCGUAAGACUCCUUGCGGUGAGGGCUCCAAGACCUGGGACAUGUACGAGAUGAGAAUCCACAAGCGUCUGAUCGACUUGAACGCCCCAACCGAGGUCGUCAAGCAGAUCAUCAUCAACAUCGAGGCUGGUGUUGAGGUUGAGGUUACCAUUGCCGCAUAA